AUGUCCGAUUUUGAGGAGACUAUUCGAAGACUUCAAUCUGAAAAAGGAGUUGCUGGAAUUAUUGUUGUCGAUUCGGCUGGCCGCGUGAUUCACACCACCAUCGACAACGACGCCACUCAACUCCACACGGCAUUCCUUCAACAAUUGUGCGAAAAAACGAAGACGUCGAUUCGCGAGCUCGAUUCGAGCAACGAUUUGACAUUUUUAAGAUUGCGUACCAAGAAAAACGAGAUAAUGAUCGCUCCCGAUAAGGAUCAUGUAAUCAUGGUGAUCAAGGAUCUCGCAUAA